AUAGACAAAACGGUACAUAAUGAAAUAUAGAAAAAUAUUGUUGUUAGGCGUGCAAAUUUCUCACACCUUGCUACAAAGAAGACUUUCCUUUAGUUGGUGUGUUCGGCCACUCCCACUUACUCAGACUUACUCCGGCGUUGGUCCAAUCCGAGUGGAUCUGGUCGAGGAAGAUGCUGGCACGCUAUUGGCUGGAGUGAGCGCGCGGUCUGGCUAUUGUCAAUCAAUAACGCGUGGACUGGUCGCGAAGUUCCCCAUAGAAAGAGAAGUGUGGCGGUCCGUUCGACAUUCAGUAGACGAUCUCGUCUCUUGUUGGCUCAUAGUUCUGUUUUAAAACAAAGUUGGUCGAAAGUUUUGAACUGAAUCGCUCUAUCACGUUAACAAUAGUGUAGAUAUGUCGACACCGAAGUAAGAGCAAAAGGAGCAACAGUGACGGCGAGCCCGUACAGCGAUCAGGCCUACUGGCGUCCUCUUCCCUUUCCGUUCCCAGCCGCCACGGACACCAGCAUCAUUAGGCCUAGCAGUAGUUGUCCUUGCCAGCUGUGCAGUAGCAGCAGCCAGCCGGUGGACCCCCAGCCCCAAUCUGCUGCUAGCCCGACUAGUCUGGCCCCCAUGGACCGCGACUAUGGUGCCUACCAUUACAAUCUGCACACCAACAGCACCCCAACGUCGGGUGCCGGCAUGGAGAGUGACUUAAAGGCUAAUUCGGGCCUAGCAACUCAUCAUCAUCCUCAGACGGCUCUGUCCGUCGUGUCCAGCCAGCCUACCACUCCCAAUUCAGUGGUAGAAAGUGGCGGAACUACUACGGGCAAUUCCGCUAGCAAGAAAGACCAAGAUCGAGUUAAGAGGCCAAUGAAUGCAUUUAUGGUGUGGUCACGUGGUCAGAGGAGAAAAAUGGCUCAAGAAAACCCAAAGAUGCACAAUUCGGAAAUCAGCAAACGACUGGGUGCCGAAUGGAAGUUAUUGUCGGAAGCCGAGAAGAGGCCGUUCAUAGACGAGGCGAAACGCUUGAGGGCGGUACACAUGAAGGAGCAUCCUGACUACAAGUACAGACCUCGAAGAAAGACCAAAACUCUCAUGAAGAAAGACAAAUAUCCGCUAACAGGCGGACUCUUGCCUGCCGACGGCAGGAACACGGCGGCCGCAGCGGCCGUGCAACAGGUGAGUCGUGACAUUUACCCCAUUAACGGUUACAUGCCGAACGGCUACCCAACUAUGAUGCACGAGGCUUAUCAACAACACGCGGCUGCAGCUGCCAGCUAUAGUAGCCAGAUGGCCGGUUAUCCCCGCUACGAUAUGACAAGUCAGAUGCACACUCCGAUGACCACCGGUUCGACCAUGUCGAUGCCUUAUAUGAACGGAACUUCAAGUUAUAGCAUGCCAAUGUCGACGGCUUAUACUUCUGCUGGUGGACAGAUGACAACGUCCGCAAACAUCAAGUCGGACCCUAGCCCACCGUCGGUCGGACAAAACUCUCCCAGCGCUAUGGCUGCUGCAGCUGUGGCGGCAGCAGCCACAAGAAGGGUCGGUUGCACAACCGACUUACGGGACAUGAUCAGCAUGUAUCUACCUGGAGAAUCUGGUGAUCCUAGUCUGCAAAGUCGACUACAAAUGCAAAGUCACCAUUAUCCGCAGACUGAAAGUGUAGGAGCAUUGAGUGCGGGGACCAUGCCACUGACCCACAUGUAGCUAGUUAAGUGACUUUGAACUGGAACAGGCUAUGUUGUACGUGUGCCGGUUUUCAUAAUAACCCACCACCCAGCACGUAAGUAAUGUCUACCCAUUCAUCUGUUCGUUUCUAAUGUGGCUGGGAGCUAAUUUUAGUUUCUAGAAAACUUGGUGCACCCCAGUACUAUGUAAGAACUUGGUCUCUGAGGGUAGUGGGUGCAGAGAAGAGGGCUCCCGUACCUGAGUUUAGUCUAGUCGGCUGUGGACGACACGUUGUUCCAUUCUAUGUGUCAAGUGUUGUCGUGCGAGAAGUGACCGAUAUUUGCACUGUAGUUGUCCCUCUCUCUGCCUCCCAUCUUGUACAUAAUGUCGCACGUUAUGUAGUUAGCAGAUGCCACACGGUUUGUUAGUUCAUUGCAAAAUAAAUUGACAGAAAUCUGAA